AUGAUGCAUCUGUUCAGCAACCAUAACAUCGACCUGUUUGUCGAGUACGUGGAAUUCGUUGCGCGUGGUCUGGAUGAGAACCCGAUUACUGAAGCGGAGCUCACGAGGGUUUUGGAGAAAGUACGCGAGCGCACAGUGAACGCGGACGAGGAUCUAAUGUCCAAGAUCAAGGUCGCAGGACUAAUUUCCCUGAGGAAGAAUGCCUGGGUUUUGUGA